AUAUGAUAUUGUGUCUAAGUGUUUGCUAAUGUGUCAGUAAUUAAUCUGUCAAUACUUGUGUCAUUAUUUAAAAUUAUCAGUACAAACCUCACAACCACGACUUCAAUACUUCUGAAAGAAAAGCCUUACACGCUUACACAUGUUGGUUAACCUGAGUGUUUGUAGCAUUAGCAUUUAACGAGUUGGCGCGAUUAUGGGUGAAAACAAGUGUGAUUUUUCUCACGCAGUAUUCGUAAACAAUCCGAUUCAGUUCCGGUCUUACGUCCAUAAAUAUGUGGAAGUGGAAACCAUAGAAGGCGACUUACAUAAAGGAACACUGUAUACCAUUGAUCCUGUUUCCGAGAGCGUUGUUCUCGUAAAUAAAAAUGAAGACAAACUGAGUAUGGAUAUCAUAAUGGGACAUGCUGUGAAGUCUUUGCAAAUGAAAAAAAGUUGUGAGGAAGCACCAGUUGACGUGUUCUUAAAGAAGCAUGAAGAAAUGCCAUCAGGUGAAAUCGAGCGACGUAAGGGAAGAUUGGCAGGUUGGUUAAAAAAGAACAGGACACCAGUAGAAGAAGACGGCCAGAUUUUACGAAUUGGGAGUGUUGUAGAAAUACACCCACCGUACGGAGUGGAUAACUGUUUAAGCAGUAAUGAAAUUAUAUUGGACCGCAUACAGAAACUGAUGUUAUCUAUGCCAGAUAAUUACGAUCUGGGAACAUGAACGCUCUUUUUAGUAUGAACAGCGAAACAGGUGUAAAAGAUGAGAUGUUGUCAUUAAAUUAUUUUUACUGUAGACUGUGAAAGAAUUUUAAAAUAUGCGUUUAUUCAAUGUUCUAAUGUCUCAAGUUUUGAAGUAACUUCACUGGGAUGCAUUACUUGUAGCCCCAGUGUGGUCCUUGAUAUUACUGUACGCAUGCUAUUAGAAAACUCUGAAGAUGCUCAGCCAUUGUAACGUGUUGGCAAUUACUCUUUGGUUAAUACUCAUAGUGAAUACAUACAAUUUGGAUUGUGCAAGGUUAACAUGUUGAUUGCCAUAUGCGUAGUGAUGAAUGUUUCAUUUGCAAGCCACUGCACCUAGUGUAAGGUCUGCUGGCAGCAUUGUGGCAGUGGACUUGUGAAGUUAAUUUGCUGUAGAGCUUCUUGUUACUGUAGAUAUUGAACUACUAAGUAUUUAUUUUGUGUUUCCUCUUACUACUUGUGUGUCCUUGUGGGUUGACGAUAAUUUAAUAACUGUACCUCCUUUUUUCUUGAUUGUUGACUAACUUUCAAGGUAAAAAGAAUAUACUGUUGGUUGUUCAAAAUGUAUCAGAUUUGGUUAUGCUAUUGUGAUACACGUAAUUUUCUUUUGUAGAGCAAAUGUUCUGUAUGGUGAAAUAGAAGCUGCUGUUUUCUA